AUGCCUUUCCGACCCCAACACUCGUUAGUCAUGAUUGACGUCGACAAAAUGCAUACCAUUGACACUCGUUCCGUCGAGGACCUCUUUGGAAUGUGGUCAGUUUUUAACAAAAUCUCAGACGCAAUGGAGGAUGGUAAGCGACUUGAAAAUCUCAGCUGGCGUCUAUGGAACCGCGAGACAUUCGUGUGUUCCCGCAUGCCGCGCGCGCGGAAGAACAUUCCUCUGCCCGCCCUUUCGAGCAGCGUGUCGUCGUCGGACGAGUCGGACGAAGAAGACGUGUCGUCACUGCUGCCUUCCCCUGUUGUGAGACCCGAGUUGAGAAGGAGCGAGUCCUCUGAGCAUCGUAGCCGAGGCCGCCAACAAAACCACAUCACGCCUAUUGACCUCGAGAAGAUGGUCAUUUCCAUCAAGGAAAAGAAGAGUCUUGAACCGCUAUCAGCUUUAUCCAUGCCUUCGCCUGCUCUGCCGAGCCCGACACCUUCUGAUGAUCGCCAAACACCUACCGCCACGAACCCAACGAAAUCUGCGCCGGCACCUUCGCCUGCAUCAGUUUCCGAAAAGCCUGCCGCCACUCCCAUCCCUACCAUCGCCGCACCUAGUCAUUUGGAAUCGUCUACCUCUACUGUCAGUAGUACCGACUCCCAGGCCAUCGCAUCGUCUUCCGAAAGCUCGUCCACCGAGAUGAGCACCCACAACAUCGUGCGAGGCUUCAGACCCGAGGUGCCUUCGUCUUACCGCUCUCAAACAAACCUCGCUGCAACUCAACCGACGCCCAUUCUCAAGACCUCGCCUCAGUACCGCCCGGACCGCCUCAACCGCCAAAAGAAGGGCGCAACCUUCACCCUCGGUGCCUCUUCCGGUGAAGAAGAGAGUUCUCUUGACAGCCACAUGGGACGCAACAGCGUCGGCUCGUUAUCGACCGGCAUUUCGCAGCCACCAAAGAAGCACGCAUCCUUUAGGGAUAUAAUCCAGGAUAGAGCCAUCACCGACAGUCCUGUAUUUGAAGAGUCCGAUGAUGAGGAUGACGAUGAUGCUUUCGAGAGUGUCAUUGAGGAGGACGAAGACUCAUCUGACUGGGAGGAUGAUGAUGUUGGUGAGAGUGGUAACUCUUCAGCCGACGAAAACAAGAGCAUGUUCCGUCGAGUGGACUCGCAGCCCAACCUGAUCUCGCGUCGCUCUUUGCUAACAACCAUGAUGCACGAACCGGAUCGUGCACGCGCCAUGGCAAGCGCUGCGUCGCGCUCUACUCCUGCUCUUCGACGUUCGCGCGGUGCUUCGCCCAACGGACCCUCAGCCACUCCAUCACCACAUCGUCGGGAGCACGCUCAAGAGACCUCAGAAUCCUCGCAACCACGACCAAUAAUCAUGACGACCUCAAACACACAUCAACCUGCUCUUUCACCACGAACCACUAGACGAAACAUGCUUUCCACCGAACUGACAGAGUCGCUACGAAAGAACCUUCUCUGGGAACGUCAACACAAGAGCUCCAACAACUUAGCCGCCAUGAAGCGUAGACACACCUCUCACGACAUUAAAAAUCUCAAACAGCACCCUGAGCCACAGAUGGUCAUGUCGGUUAAGGAGAACGACAAAAAGAAGUUCUCCAACGAAUACUUUAACCAGGGGCUUCAGGAGUACCACGCCAAAGGCUGGUAA